CAAAGAAAAAAUCAUUGGUCUAUCAUCCAUAGUGCAAAAACAUAGGGUUGACACACCUAUGCUUUGCAAUGACCUUCUCAUUUACAGAAGGGUCUGCGCAAGCAAUAUGUAGAGUACAUGGGCUUUUGAAUGAGUUCUAUAUCCUUUCAGGACUUAAGUGUAACCCAAGCAAAUGUGAAGUGUACUUUGGUGGGCAAUAUGUUCUCUUCAAAAGUAAUGCUUUGCAGAUGUCUGGAUUCCAAGAGGGAAAACUACCAGUAAGAUACUUGGGACUUCCAUUGUUCUAUAGGAAGCUUUCUUCUACUGACUGUGACAAGCUGGUGGCAAAGAUCACUACAAAAAUUGGAACCUGGCGUGCCAAACAGCUGAGUUGCAGGUAGGCUUGAACUAAUCACCUCGGUAAUCAUGGGAUUGCUACAGUAUUGGAUGCAAGCCUUCCUUUUGCCUAAGAAAAUACUGAAUAGAGUGUAUACUGUGUGCUCGAACUUUCUUUGGCAUGUGGGGAAGGAGGGUAGAGCAAAAAUUGGUUGGGAUAGAUUAGCUCGACCGAAAGUGGAAGGAGGUCUAGGGAUAAAAGAUCUUUUAGCUUGGAAUAGGGCCUGCUCUAUCAGAAUGAUUUGGCUAUUAAUGAUGAAAUGUGGGCAUGGAGAAGGGCAUGUUACAAGGUGAAACAAGUUAGCAUUUGGACUAUGAGUAUUAGUCCCAGUAGCUCGUGGGCAUGGAGAAGGGUUCUAAAGCUCAGACUUCUGCUUCUAGCUUAUCUGACGAUGUCUGGUACAACAACUAGUUGGGAUGGAAAGUUGAUGCAUGUGUAUAAAGUGUCUACUGUUUGGAACACUUUGCGAACUGAAUACCAGAAGGUGGAUUGGGCAGGUCUGGUUUGGGGGAAAGGUCACCUACCUAAUAAUAGUUUUCUUGUGUGGCUUGUCUUGUUAGAUGGAAUCAUCACUCGAGAUAAACUGUUAAAGUGGGUUAAGAUAAAAUAUGGAGCUUGUUUGCUUUGCCAAUCCUCUGUUGAAACCAGAGAACAUUUUUUUCCAGUGUAAUUACUCAAUGCAGGUGGUUUCUUGUUGGAAGGAUGCCCAUUAAUUAUGCAGAUGAAGUUGGCAGGACACUGUGAAUGCUGUUGUUGCUUUAAGUAAUAGGAAGACCCCAUUUGGGAGAGUUGCAGGGCAUUCUGGUGUGCCUGCAUAGCUUAUUUGUGGCAUGAGCGGUGCAACAUACAACAUUAGAUACCUCUUAGGGAUGCUGCUAGUAUCGGGCGUUUGAUCAUUUUUUAUUUAAUGUAUCUGGGUAGUGUGAAUGGUAGUUUGCAAACAGAUCUUAGUGCAGUUGUCCUUGUAAGUUGAGUCCAUUGUAGGAAUGUGGGGGGUUUUUGGGAGUUUCAUUGUUUCACAGGGCUGCUCACAUCGAGCUUUUCUUUUGUUGUAUCGGUUCCUAUGAGUACAUUGCAUAUAGUUUUGGUAAUACAAAAGCAACUGAUUCAACGGAAAAAAUGAAGACAAAAUAAUAUUAAUAAGGAAAAUCAUGAAUAACACAAAAUGCAUAAAAAUUACAACAAUAAUUUCUACAGGUUAAUGUUCCAAUUUAUCAAGGUUGAUGUUGGAAAGUGGUGAAUCAAUGAUGAUUAAUAGGUUGAUGUGAAUUGAUAAUGGUUGAUGGUGGUUAGUGUGCGAGAACUAGAUGAUAUUGGUGGAGGAGACGUAAAAGUGACGGUAAUUUUGCAAAUUUUGGAAAAAUAAGUACAAUUGACCCAAAGAUUUGAAUCAUAAAAUCGUAAGAUUUUAAGGAUUUUAAGGAUUUAAAUAGUGAAUAGUGUAGGAUUUUAAGGUCCAUAGAUUUUAUAGAGAAAUCAUAAUCGGAACAGGUAAGUAAAAUUGUACGAUUUUAGGAUUUAAAUCGGGAUUGGUUAUAUGGAAAGUGAAUAAAUGGCCAUGUAAUGUGCUUGUUGUUCAUACUUGCAAAUGGAUUGAAACCAUCAUUGGCUAAUUCUAUCCGGACGUUGCGAGGGUCUGAAGCAAAAGAUGCACCAAAUUGGUCUAAAGCUCUCCAAGCUUCACAGUCAGCAGGAUGACUCAAUAGUCCAUCCUUGGUAUGCUUUACAACAUGUCAUACCAUAUCUUCAGCAGUUUUCCUAGACAUAAAUAAUCUUUGUAGUAUCGUUGUAAUGGGAAAGUAUCGUCAUAUUUUUGCUCUCCCCUUUAAAUCCUUGUAAACUUUCUUAUAUCUUUAUUUAUGACAAGAAGUGCAUGAUGUUUUCCCUUUUAGAUCUCCAUAAUAAAUGAUGCAAUCAUUCUCACUAGCAUAUAUUUCUUCAUAGUGCAUGAUGUUUCCCCUUUUAGCUCUCCAUAGUAAAUGAUGCAAUCAUUCUCACAAGCAUAUAUUUCUUCGUAGUGGAGCCCAAGAACUUUCAUCAGCUGCUUUGUUGCAUAUUAAUUCUUUGGCAGUGGCUGAGCCGCUAUUAGAAAUGCAACUGAAGCAACUUCAACAUUUGGGUAAAAGAAGUAUUACUCUAAGAAUGGACCAAUUUAAGUGAUUUAACUUAAUAAUGAAAAUAGGUGGGAUAGGUUUUUAUCACACCAUGCAUACAAUGGUGUUUCAGUAAACCUGGCAAAUUUGGACCCGACCCAAAUCUGUCCAAAAAAUAGAAUAUGAGUUGAGGUUUUUAUAAAACGAAACUCGAAUGACCCAAACCCAACUAACCCGUAGUUUUUGGCUCGAGUUGGGUUGGUUCGUGGGUCGACCCGCUAGAUCCGUUCCAUUGCAUAUGCCACUCUCAAAAUGAUAAAAUCACUCAUAAAUUGGUGAGAUGCUUAAAAAAUUUGAUAAGGAUAU